CCCUACUCCUCCAUCCCCCAGCCUUUCUACACCCUUCUGCUCCUCCUCUCUCCCCCCUUUCCCUUCCUCCCCUUCCCCCCCCCCUCCUUUCCUUCUCCCCGUCGUGAGCAUGUCCAUGUCGCUUGUGGCGCCCCACAUGGCCGCGGCCGCCUUCCUGGGCGAGGACGCCCCGGCCGACCAGGAGCACCAGUCGGUUACCUGGGAGGAGCUCGGCCUGGAUAGCCGAAUUGGCAAGGCAGCCCUGCGCAUGGGCCUCGCGGAGCCGAACAUGGUCCAGCGCGAGUCGAUCCCCCUGGCCCUGGCCGGAAAGGACAUCCUCUGCCGCGCAAAGACCGGCUCCGGCAAGACGGCCGCCUACGUGAUGCCGGCCAUCCAGCGUGUGCUCAACGCCAAGGAGCGCGACCCCAACUACACCGGUGUCAAGGCCCUGCUCCUGGUUCCGACGCGUGAGCUGCUGGAGCAGGUCUUCCAGUAUUGCCGGCAUCUCACGCUUCAUUGCGCACAGAAUGUCCACGUUGUGCAGCUCUCUUCGGAUUUGAGCCCUGCGUCUCAGAAGGCUCUUUUGGCCGAGUGCCCAGACAUCAUUGUAUCCACUCCGCGUGUUGUGAGCCACCUCGAGAGCGGUGUGCUCAGCAUCAAGGAAUCCCUCGAGACCUUGGUCAUCGAUGAGGCGGACCUCAUCCUGUCCUUCGGUUAUAGCGAGGAUGUCCGCACACUGCUGACCUUCACUCCCCAGAUCUUCCAGGUGGUCCUGAUGUCAGCCACUCUGACCCCGGAUGUUGUCCAGCUGAAGCAGCUUCUCCUGCGGAAUGCGGUGAUCAUCAAGCUCGAGGAGUCGGAGCUCCACAACCGUCAGCUGUCCCAGUUCUUCGUCCAUGCCGAGGAGGACGAGAAGUUCCUGCUGCUUUACUUCAUUCUUAAGAUGCAGCUGGUUCCGGGCAAGUCCAUCAUCUUCGUCAACAGCAUUGACAAAUGCUACCGGCUGCGCCUGUUCCUGGAGCGGUUUGGCAUCCGGGCGUGCGCCCUGAAUGGGGCCCUGCCGCACAACUCUCGCUACCACGUGGUGCAGGAAUUCAACAAGGGCACCUACUCGUGUAUCAUCGCCACCGACGGGGCGGCGUCUCACUUUGAGGAUGCCGCGCCCGGCGGCAAGAAGGCCGGCAAGAAGUCCUCGCGCCAGGGGGCCAGCUCCGGCUCGAAGACCGAGUCCUACGGCGUGUCGCGUGGCAUCGACUUCCGCGAUGCCACGCUUGUGGUGAACUUCGACAUGGCGGACACCUUCGUGCAGCACACCCACCGUGUGGGCCGGACGGCGCGUGGCAACAAGAAGGGCACGGCCAUCACCAUGGUGUCGGUCGGCGAGGAGGCCCAGCGGCUGGAGGACUUCCAGCGGGAGGCCAAGAUGGAGCUGACCGGGCUGACGGCGCACUCCACGCGUCGGACCAAGCGCCAGUACAAGCGCGAGCAGGCCCUCGAGCGGGCGCUCCUGGCGCCGGCAUCCGAGGCGGGUGCCGGCAGCUCGGCCGAGGCGACGGCCGAUGGUGAUGCCGCCGCCGAGGCCCAGCCUCGACGCCUGGUGGAUUUGGACAACAUGGAGGACAUCAUGCGGCCGCUGCGCUUCGACAUGGCCACCGUCAACAGCUUCCGGUACCGUGUGCAGGAUGUCCUGCGGUCGGUGACCAAGGCCUGUGUCCGGGAGGCCCGGCUGCAGGAGAUUCGUCAGGAGCUCCUGACGUCGGAGCGCCUGCGCGCUCACUUCGAGGACAAUCCCCUGGAUCAGGAUGCCCUGCGCCAUGACAAGCCCCUCGGUGUGUCGGCCCUGCAGCAUGUUGGCCGGUCUCUGCGCAAUGUGCCGGAGUACCUGCUCCCGACCUCGGCGUCGGUGGUGGCCAAUGGCGCCAUCUCCACCGGGUCCAUGUUUGCCCGUGAUGACCGGGCUCCCUUCGACCCGAAGCGCAAGAACAAGGGCCGCCGGGGCAACAAGCGUGCUGGCAAGGCCUCCAAGUCUGCUUCCUCCAAGAAGCGUAAUCCCCUCAAGUCCUUCAAGGCCUGAUCUCCCUUUCUCCCCUUCGUCCAAUCCCUCUUCGCGGUGUGUGUCCCCCCUCCCUUCCUCCCUCCUCGUUCCCCC